UUCUGUUGUUGACAUUAUCUCGUUAAUCAGCUGUGCUGCGCACGCUUUUCUGGAGUUUUUGUUGAUUUUCUAGUCGUUGCACAAGUUUCGCAAAUGAAUCAAACAUAUUCACGAAAUUGUUGAAUAAAAGAAGGAUUACUUAUCAGAAUAUUUCAACUCACCGCAGAUUCAAACGUUCAAUCAGGACCAUGUUCUCUAGAACACUGGUUAGAAGAUUCCAUCGAGCAUCUCUCCUACAGUGCAAACCUGAAGCCUCCAAAGGACCACCUUCUCCGGGCUCGGAAAAGGUGAAGGAUCUUUUGGACAAUGCGGCCACAUUCGAAGACGUGCGACCUCAAACCCAAGAGGACUCCUGGGCCACCCUUCCGUACGUGGACGGAACAUUCUUCGGUCGCAAUCAGGCGAUGAAAUCGAACCGGCCCAAAAUCGAUCCCCGCGAGACAUCGAUCAUUCUCUUCCCGGGUCAAGGGGCCCAAUACGUUGGCAUGGCUUCCAGAUUGCUCAAGUUCCCCGGGGCACGAGACAUAUUCGCUUUGGCCAACGAGGUGCUGGGGUACGAUUUGCUGAAACUGUGCGUGGAAGGCCCGAGGGAAAAGCUCGAUCAGACCAUGUACUGCCAACCUGCGGUUAUGGUUUCCUCCCUGGCCGCGCUCGAGCAGCUCAAAGAAGAAAGACCGAAUGCAAUCGAUAAUUGUUUUGCCACGGCCGGAUUCAGUCUGGGGGAGAUUACCGCCCUGGUGUUUGCCGGAGCCCUCCCCUUUGAUAAGGCGGUUAAGCUGGUCCAGAUAAGGGCAGAAGCAAUGCAGUGGGCAAGCGAGCAGCAUAAAAGCGGAAUGGCAACGGUACUUUUUUCGCCGGAUGCUCGACUUGGGGAAGCUUGCAAAGAUGCCGUCAACUGGUGCAUUCAACGGGGCAUGGAAAAUCCGGAAUGCCGUAUAGCUAACUAUCUGUAUCCAAGCUGCAAGGUAAUCGCUGGAAACAUCGAAGCACUCAAAUUCCUCGAGGCCAAUAUGAAAAAGUAUGGCUUGAAGCGCAUCAAACGAUUGCCAGUGAGUGGAGCGUUUCACACCGAACUGAUGGCCUCGGCCGUGGAGCCAUUCGCGAGGGCGCUCAAAAAGAUAAAAAUCGAGGAACCCAUCAUCAGUGUGCACUCGAAUGUGGACGGCAAACGAUACCGCAAUCCUGGACACAUACUGAAUCAACUGCCGAAGCAGAUAGUCAGACCGGUCAAGUGGGAGCAAACCUUGCAUAAUCUGUACGAACGGAAAAGUGGCGAAUUCUUCCCACGCACUUUCGAGUGCGGUCCUGGUAAAGGUUUAAAAGCCAUUCUCAAACAAGUCAAUGCCAAAGCUUGGGAUUCGUCUUUCAAUAUAGAGGCAUGAUAGAUGAUUGAGUUGUUACUUUCGUUUUAAAAAGAGAAAUCAUACACGGGGUUGUCAUCAAACAAACUAAA